GCGUAGUUCUGUCCUGUGUGUUUGCGGUAAACUUCCAGAAGGCAUGUGCCCAUCCUUGCCACAUUAGGUGGUUGUGCCGGGCUAGGAGUAGCUUCUGCUUCACCACUACCCCCCAAAAGACUCCCAGCACAGGCGCGAUCCAUUCGGUGUCCAGCUUACGCGGCUGCAACGCCGAAGAGACGCGCUCAGUAACGCUUCGGGUUUGAUGCCGUGCGGUUGCACGAGCUAACGCGAGCUGAAUCAUCCCCAAAGGGGUAUUUGAUAGACAAAGUUGAAGACGGUGGAGUCUUCAAGUUGUCUCAAGUGUGUGUGUGUUACUGCAAAACAAAUCAGCAUCAUGAACUUUCCCGUGCAAUAAUAAUCAGUUGAACAUACGAAGUACGAACAAGUGAAGUGAAUUUCGCCAACGAUCAAACGUCCCGAUACUUCCCUGAACGUAAAGGCAUUGGUCAUGGCAUCGCACAGUUUCCUUCCUGGAGUGUCCGUGAACGGGACGGGUCUGGCCAACUAUACACAGCUUGCUGCUGCUGCCGCCGCCCUGCUUACCACCGUCAGCAAUGGUACGGAGGCGGGCGAGCUGGCGGCCGGCAAUCGGACGCAACCGAAGAGUGGACCCUCGCUGAUGACGCCCUGCAUGGUGAUAGUGAUGCUUUCGUACAUUUUCGGCUGCGUCGGGAACCUGACGGCCCUCAUCCAUCUGUGGCGCAACGUGCGAAACACGAAACAUGCGCUAAUGUUGAAAUGUUUACUCACGAACGAUCUCAUCGGCUUGAGCGGCAUGUUUGUCCAGAUGUGUUUGCACCUUUACCUUUCGCCCGACGUGGUGCAGGCGAACAUUCACCACCUUUGCGUCCUGCGCGUAAUUUGGCGUGUAUUCGGCAUCAGUUCCGGCUGCGUCGCGUUCGUCAUGGCCCUGGAACGCUACAUAGCGUUGGCGAAACCGUUCUUCUAUCAUAAGUACGUGACGGAUAAGCUGAUCCGCAAAUCGAUCUUUAUCCUGUGGGGCAUCGGAGCGUUCAUAACGUUUCUGCCCCUGUUUGGGUUCGGUGUGUACUUUGACGAACGGAAGCAAACGUGUGUCCGGUACCGGAGCGCCACCGAACCGAUCGACGUGGCGUACGCAUAUUUGUUCUUCGCUGUUGGAACGCUGCUGUGCGUGGGGAUCGUGAUCUGUAAUCUUAGCGUAAGGAAGGUGCUGUACCAAUCGCACCGCAAGAUGUGCCGCCAGUUUGGUUCGAUCAAACCGACCCCCAUGCUGAACCGCUCCAUGAGCCAAACGCCCAAAUCGUCUAGCUUUACCGACUCCAACAUCAUACGCAUGUUUAACGAGCCCACGACGGAGGAGAUACGCUUCGCCAAGCUGAUGACCGUCCUCAGUGUGUUCUUCAUCAUCUGCUGGCUUCCACAGAUGAUCUCAAUCAUCUUGUUGCAACAGCUCAGUGCUGCCAUGAAGCUGAAGCUAUCCUGGGUGUUCCGCGUGUCGGACAUACUGAUACUGGUGCACUUUAUGCUCGAUCCGUACAUCUACGUGCUGCUGAAGAAGAGCCGCCGCAGCGAUCUGCGCACCAUGAUACGCUACAUGUUUAGUCGCAACCAGCGGUUCAACAUGGUAGAUGCCGCCCUAUCACCGAUGCAGAAAUCGACCAACUCAUCGCCACUUCCGUAGCCUUUUUGACAGCGAGGGAAGGAGAGUUUAUUGGAUUUUUGUCAAAGCAAAGUUACGAAGCGAAUGAUGUGUCUGUUUGCCACACAAACCCCCGAGAGGUGACUGACAUUUGGGAAACAAGUUCGAUUUUAAGAGUUGCGUUAAAAAAGACAGUGAAAAUAAAUAACUUACUAGAAUAGUUCAGUGU